AUGGGCCGCCAUAGAAAACAGACACUUGCUGAAAAUGUGGCAUUUGAAAGCAUUUAUGCAAAGUCGAGGACAAGCCGUAUUCCUCAGGAAAUUCAGGAUGAACUUUUAGAUGCCUAUACAAAAUUUUGUGAUAGAAAUGAUACAGAAGAUAUUUUGAUCAAGUACAUUCCAAAUUUAUUCAAAACCGAGUUAAAUGUACCUGAUAAGUUGUUGACGUUCAUUAAUGUACAAGACUUUGGUAUGGAUAGAUUGGAAACUUCUAGUUCAGAUGUGUCACAAAUUGUGGAUUUCGAGAAAUAUCUUUAUGAGGGAGCUUUACUGUUGCGUCUUAAUGCCCAAAUUGACAUCAUUGAUUACUACUGGUAUAUGACAUUGGCAACAGUUAAUGGAAAGUCUGUAUUAUCUAGCGCAGAAAAGAAAACUGCCUACAAGCAAAGAAUAUAUCUCAACGAUUUGAAAAUGCUAUGCCAGAAGUUGAAGCAAGAUGUGCCGACUAAUGUUAUGCUUGACAUGAUUACAGUAAUUAACGAUGGUGAACGCGCAUGGAUGAACUACAUGGAUUUUGCCUUGGUUCUAGGAAGAACAGGCAUAUUAGGGGAAUGGUAA